AUGCACAUGAGCAUGCUCAAUGAGAAGUAUGGCCCCGUCUUUACUGUGUGGAUGGGACCAAAACUUCUGGUUGUGCUCUGUGGAUAUGAGGUGGUGAAAGAUGCUCUGGUGGAUCACGCAGAAGAGUUUGGAGGGCGUCCUGACGUCCCCUUUGAUGAGAGAGUAACAAGGGGGCAAGGAAUUCUUAGCAAGAAUGAGGCCAAAUGGAGGGAGCUGCGCCGGUUCACCCUUUCUACCCUGAGGAACUUCGGGAUGGGAAAGACGGCCAUGUCCACAAGGGUGCAGAAGGAAGCUGUAUGCUUGGCAGAGGAAAUGGCUACCAGACAAGGUCCUCUUUGGUCCAGCUUAUUCCAGAGAAAGCCAAAAGAAAAGUGGCUGCUGGGGCUGUUGUCAGAGUUGGGAUGGACUCUUAUACGGAAAGCGAUUCAAUUUGUCCUUCUCAAGGGAUGCAGCGUGAAGAGAAAGGGGAACAUUUCAAGUAGAAUUUUCCUUCUUCUCUUUUUCCUUCCUCAGAAUUCCUCAGAAGAUUUUUAUACCAUUGAAGAUCUUGUCAUGUCUGUCUAUGUACUCUUUUUUGCUGGGUCUACAACAACAAGCCAAACCUUGCUCUACAGCUUUCUGGCAAUGGCUAAAUUCCCACAUAUUCAAGGUACAGAUAUACCCAUGGAAACAGCAAAGGCAAUUAUGAAUACCAUUAUUAAUCUCCCAAUAAAGACAGAACAGUUAUUGCAUUUGCAGACAGCCAUCCCGUGGUGCUGUGUCAAGUGGAGAAGGGAGGGAUAUGGAGCCACCUUUACAAGGCUGCAUGUGUUCUACAUGGAGCUGCCCUUAAGGAAUAUCCAGAAGCUGAAACUGUCAGAAUGCGGCAGUGGGAGUAGUUAUGGGGGUAUUUUGAUAUGCCCAUGUUAUACCUUUGCUUUGCGAGCUGUACUGGCUCCCACUAAGGUGCAACAGGAGAUUGAUGAGGUGGUGGGUACAAACCGUACUCCAAACAUGGAAGACCGUUUGAGGAUGUCUUUCACUAAUGCAGUUGUCCAUGAGUUUCAACGUUAUCAGAAAGGGAUGCUUGAGAAUUUUCCACGGGAAACAACUUGUGACACAAAAUUCCGUGGUUACAACAUUCCCAAGGUAUGGCAAUACAUGGCUGUCGCUCCAGUGCUCACCUCUGUACAUUUUGACCCUUUCCAGUGGGAGACUCCAGAGAGGUUCAACCCAGAUCAUUUUUUGGAUGAAAAGGGCCAGUUCAGGAGAAGAGAUGGUUUCAUGCCAUUCUCAGCAGGCAGAUGGGCCUGUCCAGGGGAGGCCCUGGCUCGGAUGGAGCUCUUCCUGUUCUUCAGCACUCUGCUCCAGAAAUACACCUUCCAUCUUGUUGGGGAAAUUAAAGGGAAGGAUUUAAUGUCUUUGUAUUUGGACUUGAGAAAUAAGGAUCAAUCCCCCCUUAUAAAAGCCAUUAAACGUUCAGUGGACACUUGUGUUCAAUGA